AUGGAUAAAGUAAGCACUCAAAUAUUUUCUCAAUAAAUGAGUAGAUGAUUUUGUUUUAUGUAUACAUAUAAACAUAUGGAUAGUUGCAAACACACAGGUAUCUCACUUACUCAGAAGUUUUCCUCAGCUAUUUAUAACAGCAAAUACAAAGACCAAGCCAUUUAAAUGCUCUGAGAAGCAAAAUAGAUGCCAUCAAUCCAAAUCCUGAAGCUUUUUUACCCGAAAAGGAGGUUGAGCAAGUGAAGGUAACUCCAAAUUCAGCAUCUGCUCAUACUAUUUCAAAAAUGCAUCUUUAGAUAUGUUAAAUCAUAUUUGCUUUUACAUUACUUUAGCAACCUUGGUUACAUAAUUUAUCAGCCCAGCACAGAUUAGAAUCAACAAAUUAGGCAGAGCAUGGUGACAGCCUGACAGAUCCAAGGCACAUUAUCAGAAGCAAAAAUGAGAACGGAAGGCUCACAUUGAUGGAGAAGGAAAAACAAGCAGAAAGGCUUAAAUAAGCUUCGUCUAGGGUCAUUUAAUGCAGGAGAAAAGGCUCUACUGUGCCCUGAUAGGCCUACUGUAUUACAGGUAAAAAAUGAAAGAGCUUAUGUUUAUUAUAAUCAUAUUGAGUAAUUAUCAAAAGUUAUACUAAAACAUACUGUUCCUUUCAUUCAUUUCCAUGUAACUGACAUUUAUUCUUAGAAACAACUUAUAAUGUAUAUGCUUGAUUACCUGUAUAUAGAAAGGUCUGGGGCAUAGUGGGCAUUUAGGAAAUUAAUUGAAUGAGGAGACACUCCUAUCUUCUGAUGUGUUCUCAGCAUCCUUGAUACCACUACACAUAGGAAUAUGUUGUAUUUAUUAAGUCUUCCAUUACAAAGUCUUACCCUGCUUCAUUCCAUUCUUUAAAAUCUCUCUAAAAUUAUUGUUCUAAUUGUUGCUUGAUCCAUUUUAAUGCAUAAUCAUAAGCUGCCUUAUAUUGUUGUUUGAUCAUUUAAAUGUUUCACUUCUGCCUUGUUUGUCUUCUCAGUUGGACAUUCUGAACUCCUAAGAACAGGUACUGCUCCCCCUAGGACCCUUCUGUCUUUCAUCUCACCUAGCAUAUAGCCAAAGCACAAAGUAGUUAUUUCAACAAAUACGUUCACUGAAUUUAAAAAUACGAAGAUUAAAUAUUACCAAUGUGGUAAGUGAAACUUAAGGCCAAAACUGUUUUCCAAUAAAUAAGAUUACAUACAGUGCCUUAAUAUACCACAGUACGUGGCUUGUUCUCAUAGCAGCAGAUUGCAAACUCAGCCUGUCUACAUUUCCGGGCAAUCUGACAACGAUUUAUUUACUAUUUAUUGCUAAUGAUGAUUACUCUGAAGAUUAGAAAGUGGUUUUUAGUAUCCAGUGGAUACAAAUGCCAGGAGCGUUUCAUCUUUUAUCAGUGUGAAAUUGAACUGUAUAUAUAUUUGGUGAAUGGAAGUCUGAAAGUAUGUCUAAUUGUUGGGGAUCUUUAUAUAAAUGCAAAGGAAAGAUUUGUGCUUCUAGUGAAACAAUCACCUUCUGCGUCACACAGCUAUUCACAAUCUGACUGCAGAUCCAGAUUGUGACUAAUAUUUGGCUCUAAUAUUAUAGGUGGUUACCGUGGAGAGAAUCAGUAAGAGCAUAAUUGUCAUUUCCUUGGAAAAAUUUAAUCCACAGAUGGAUCCCAACACCCAAUUGCAUUCAUGUCCAAGACUAAUGGGGAUUUUUGCUAAAUAAGGCCUGAUUCAGCCAAAAAAGAUAGACUCUGAAUACAGAAAUCUGUAUCACACAUCACUUCAAAAGAUGUAUUAACUCAAACACUGAAAGCAUUGGCAGACAGAAUUUUCCUAAUAGGGACAUGAUGAAAAGUCAUUUAUUAAUUAAAAUACAUUUAUAUUUUCUUUUUUUAAAAUGAAGCAAUGGGGGUAUUCUAUGCUACCAUGCAUUUACAAAAUUUCAUUUGCAAAAUUUCAUCCUUCAUACUUCCUUAUUUAGCUAAUUAAGGUAAUGAUUCUACUUAGAUUGGAAAGUUCUAAUUAAAAUCAUUAAUUUUUCCCGAACCUUCUCCUUCAAGAAAUAAGCUUUGCUGCACAUCCUUCAGUCUUUGGGAGGAGAGAAUGUUGGGGGAAUGAUGCUGAUAAUUAAUGAGAGAGAGCAGGAUACAUUUAUUAUGACCUUCCUCCCCCUGCCCAGCUAAAUUUAUACAGCCAACCAUAACCUAAUAACUCUGUGUUCCUUUCUUUAAAGAUUUUCUUAUCAUAUGAAACUAUUUUGGCCUGUGGUGUAUUCAUCCUAAUUAGAGUAGAAUACUAAAGCAAAACCAUUUCAAUCCAAGUUGCAUAAAAAUGGCAUCCCUUUCCGAGUGACUGGUUUUCAAAAAGAGCUCAUUACCUGGAACAACAACAACAAAAGUGUUGCCUCUCUGAAUUCACAUGGUUUGGAAAAUUCUUAGCCACCAACAGAUGCACCAACUGAAUCAUAAUAAAGAAGAGAAAAUCUAUAAGUGAUUAAUUUCCUUUUUCUAUUUAGGCUUAACAUGUUUUAAAGGAUAAUUAAAGUUUUAGCCUGUUUCUUAGAAGUCCAGGAGGAAGCAUAUUUCAGAAGCUUAUUGAACUGAGCGGUGAACUCAUUCAUUAUCCUUUGGUUAAUAUAGAGUUAUCUUGUCUAACCUCAGGUUCUUUUAUACAGCCUAGGUUCUUAGACAUCCAUCUAUUUUACAGUGUUAAUUCAAGCUGUUUAUAAAUAACACAUGACAAUAGAUGUUAAAGACCUCCCUUGGGGCAGGUAUUAUUCCCACGUUCAUGGCAACAGAGUUGGUAACAGGACUUGGUGAACAGUAUAAUCUCAACAAAUUAACUGGAACCACAUCGCCAUUUGGCUAUCAGAGCAGCUACACUGAAUGAAUCAUCUCUUGCACACCCUUUUAAUUUAAGUACCUUGUUCAGUGCGAAGAAAAAAGGCACACUUGGUGAGGCAGGAUUAAGUGCGUAUCUGCAAAACCUAAGCAACCAUAUUUCACCAGCACCUCCUAGGGGCCACGUGUGGAUAUGAGGAUGGGAGGUGGGGACUCGCACAGAACCUUUCCUUGAAUUGUCAGUUUCACCUCUCCUACACACAAAAAUCUAUCCCGACUGCGCCGUCCACAAUACCAGCUAGUUUGCUGAAUUCGUUUAGCGACUCAAGGAGGCCUUUCGAAGUUUAAAUAAAACUGCACAAAAGACACAUUUGAUCGCUCGAGGAAAUAAACAUUUUAAAAACUCAGUGGAAGGAGACUCCUAAAAUAUAUCCUGUCCUUUAGAAGCAAAGCUUCGUUAGGACACCGAAGUACUCAGAAAUAAUAGGCACUUACUCUUCGGUUUACACACACACACGGAUUAGUUUAUAAAGUUCCAGGAUCCAGACCCGGGUAACACAAGUUGCUUUUUAGGGGUCUGCGCGAUCUCGCCUGGCUGCUGGGAAUGAGGGCUGGGAGGCGCUGAAGCGAGGGCAGAUCUGAGUGUCUGUAGGAGUUGCUAUUCCAAAAAAAUCAUUACUCUCUAAUUGUUCUGAUUUUAGAUCAGCAAAGCGUGCCGGGCGGCGGCGGAGAGAUUGAGGGCGGACAAGGCGAGAGGGAACGAGCCGUCCACCCUUCAGAGAAGCCUAGGCUCCUUGACAUGUUCUCUGGAUGUCAGCUGAGUUAUUAAAGUAACUCUGCAUGUCAGCAGACAGACCUUGGUAGAACCCCGAGGCUCCCAGAGACACCCAUCUCUCCUCAUUUUUUGUGUGUGUGUGUCUUCACCGAACAUUCAAAACUGUUUCUCCAAAGCGUUUUGCAAAAACUCAGACUGUUUUCCAAAGCAGAAGCACUGGAGUCGCCAGCAGAAGCGAUGGGCAGUGUGCGAACCAACCGCUACAGCAUUGUCUCUUCAGAAGAAGACGGUAUGAAGUUGGCCACCAUGGCAGUUGCAAAUGGCUUUGGGAACGGGAAGAGUAAAGUCCACACCCGACAACAGUGCAGGAGCCGCUUUGUGAAGAAAGAUGGUCACUGUAACGUUCAGUUCAUCAACGUGGGUGAGAAGGGGCAACGGUACCUCGCAGACAUCUUCACCACGUGUGUGGACAUUCGCUGGCGGUGGAUGCUGGUUAUCUUCUGCCUGGCUUUCGUCCUGUCAUGGCUGUUUUUUGGCUGUGUGUUUUGGUUGAUAGCUCUGCUCCAUGGGGACCUGGAUGCAUCCAAAGAGGGCAAAGCUUGUGUGUCUGAGGUCAACAGCUUCACGGCCGCCUUCCUCUUCUCCAUUGAGACCCAGACAACCAUAGGCUAUGGUUUCAGGUGUGUCACGGAUGAAUGCCCAAUUGCUGUUUUCAUGGUGGUGUUCCAGUCAAUCGUGGGCUGCAUCAUUGAUGCUUUCAUCAUUGGUGCAGUCAUGGCCAAGAUGGCAAAGCCAAAGAAGAGAAACGAGACUCUCGUCUUCAGUCACAAUGCUGUGAUUGCCAUGAGAGAUGGCAAGCUGUGUUUGAUGUGGCGAGUGGGCAAUCUUCGGAAAAGCCACUUGGUGGAAGCUCAUGUCCGAGCACAGCUCCUCAAAUCCAGAAUCACUUCUGAAGGGGAGUAUAUCCCUCUGGAUCAAAUAGACAUCAAUGUUGGGUUUGACAGUGGAAUCGAUCGUAUAUUUCUGGUGUCCCCAAUCACUAUAGUCCAUGAAAUAGACGAAGACAGUCCUUUAUAUGAUUUGAGUAAACAGGACAUUGACAACGCAGACUUUGAAAUCGUGGUCAUACUGGAAGGCAUGGUGGAAGCCACUGCCAUGACGACACAGUGCCGUAGCUCUUAUCUGGCAAAUGAAAUCCUGUGGGGCCACCGCUAUGAGCCUGUGCUCUUUGAAGAGAAGCACUACUACAAAGUGGACUAUUCCAGGUUCCACAAAACUUACGAAGUCCCCAACACUCCCCUUUGUAGUGCAAGAGACUUAGCAGAAAAGAAAUAUAUCCUCUCAAAUGCGAAUUCAUUUUGCUAUGAAAAUGAAGUUGCCCUCACAAGCAAAGAGGAAGAUGACAGUGAAAAUGGAGUUCCAGAAAGCACUAGUACGGACACACCCCCUGACAUAGACCUUCACAACCAGGCAAGUGUACCUCUAGAGCCCAGGCCCUUACGGCGAGAGUCGGAGAUAUGACUGACUGAUUCCUUCUCUGGAAUAGUUACUUUACAACAUGGUCUAUUGGUCAGAGGCCCAAAACAGUUAUACAGAUGACGGUACUGGUCAAGAUGGGUCAAGCAAGCGGCCACAAGGGACUGAGGCAAGCACAAUGGUUUCAAAGAAAGACUGUAAGCUCCAUGAUUAGCAUAAAGCACUAACCAUGCCUCCAUUGUGACCCAAUGGCACAUAGAUGUUGUAGAAUAAGUUAUGGGUUUUUAUGUUUUGUUUUGUGUUUUUCCAAAACUUGAACUUGCAGGCAAGCCUUGGUUGGGUAUUUGAUUUAUCCAGAAUGCUUCUCUUUAGGGAACAAGGAUGUUUUUAAUGGCAUAACAAAGGCAAGACUCUGCCUUAAUUUUUGAAAAGCUGCUAACUACAUGAACACAAAUGUGUAUUUUUGUUGCAGUGUAGUUUUCCUUCUGUGUAAUUUUAAAGUCAGUGUUGAACUUGAUUGAAAGCUCAUGAUGCGCUUCAAAGUGGCAAGUAUUUGGCUAUUAACUGCCAAAACAAGAGCCUGAUUUUUUGAGGCCAGUAAUUUGUUUGCUAGAAUUGAUUUUUUUUUCUCUCUCUCUUUGUUACAUAAGGGCAUUAUGUAACACUAGCCAAAUGGUAGCCUCUGGGUUGUUGUUGUUGUUUUUUUUUUCCUCCAUGAUGUUAAUGGGUUAUCUCAAAUUUUAAGUUAAACUACCUAAAAUAAAUACCAAAGAUAAUGCAUAUUUUUGCACAGUGGAGCUUACACUUAAAAGAAAACAAAGCCCCAUGGGCUGCCUUGAAAUCAAGUGACAAUAACUUUGAACCUCAGCAAGACCUUGAACCGCCGGUUCAUUUUGCACCUUAUUCAGAAAAUAGAGCAUCAUACUCACCGAGUCUAGUCAGUGUAGUGCUUUUUAAAAUUUUGUCCUUUCAUGUAACUUUUUUUUUUAUUUUAAGAGGAAGAAAAAGAAAGGGGCAGUAAAAUUCACACACAUACAAUACCAACAUCCAUCCUUUCCUGCUAGGCAGUGCUGGUCAGGCUCAUGUGUAGUGUGCGAGAUGGUGAUGUACUCUUACGUUUUUCUGGGCUUUCCCUUUUGCACAUUCCAAAAUUCAUUUCAUAAGAUAAGAUCUUCAUAGGACCUCCUUGGCAUCCUGGCAUUAUCAAAACUGAGCCAUCCAGCAUGAAAGAUAAAUGGGUUUAAACCCUUGCUGCUGAAAUUGCCUGGACUGUCAGGACAUUGCCAGCCCACCUUCACCUUAGAGGAGAUGCCACACCUGGCCUCCACGCUUGUUCCUCUGAUCAGUCUGUCUGGAGUGAGUCCGACAGUGUCAGAUAGGGCGGCGAAUGCCAAAGGGGGGAAACAGGGAGGUGUGGACUAGCCAAUUUGAUGCAGCACUUCAGAUCAAGUAUUUAGGAGGAAGAGGAAACUUGGCAUUUUUUUAUGGCAGAGGAGAGUAAUGAAAAUGUCUCAGUAUUUUAGGGUCAAAGAGAGUCAUAAAAAUACAACGUAAUGACAAGUAAAGGAGAUAAUGGUCUAAAAAGGCUGUUUCCCUUUUCUGUGUGCAUACUUGUGAUUGAAUGUGAGCUAAGCAUUGUCUCCUGUGGAGCCCUAGAGCAGGUUACUAAGGACGGACACGUUGUUUUCCAGAAGCCUCGCUUGCCUGGCUGACUGCCUUGCUAGAAACUUUUUUUUUUUUUCUCACUGUAGCUCAAUAAUGGAACUCUUUUUUUGUUUUUUGUUUUUUUUUAAUUUAAAAUUCCCUAUUUGUGAAUUCUGGGGUUACUGACUUUUCUUUUUAAUUGGAGUCUCAAAAUCAACUCUCUUAUGGUAUUAUAUCUCUGUAUGCCAUUAAAAAACAGCUUGUUCUAGAAUCACAUAUUUUGUAAACUGAUGUUUGUGAUGGUCUCUGGUUCUUGAACAGCCAUAUCUGAAUGCCGUGCCUGCAAAACUAUGACAAUUUUUGCUGUUUUCAGCCUUCAGAUUUGAUGGCUUUGAAAACUGAGGUGUUAUUUUCAAUGAAACCGAGAAAGAGAUGUUAAGCAAGUGGUUGUUUUAGAUCCAAAUGUUAAGGCAGGUUUGGGAAGGUGUUUAAAGAGUUGGAGGAAUUGGGGAUUGAGUGGACAAGAAAACUUACAGAAGAGGCAACAAUUUGGUUCUUGACAGUGAGAGGAUAUUGAGGGCUUCAGCUGCUGCUAUUAUGACAUUUUGCAAAGGAAAAUAAUCAAACCAAAGAGUAUUCAGUGAUAUGUAAAUUAAAUGAAGAUACAGUGGAGAACGGGGGUGGCCACAAAAGAGGCUCCCCCUAAACACAGAGUGCUGUCACUUUAAAAAGACUUGAGAAAUUUGAAAGGGGGUGGGUAUGGGGGGGGGCAA